AUGUUACGGCUCGGGAUUGUGCCGUUAUCGCAGGUCAUGUUAUGUCCAUGUCGCCAGUUUUGGGUAACCUGACUCGUCUCAAAACCCGUUUCCUUUAGAAGGUCAUAGAAUCCCGCCGUAGUUGGGAUUCCCGUUUUAAUAUCGGGCUUCAUAAUGAUUGCCUCUCUGAAACAUUUUUCUGGAAAAACAAUAUCGUUAGUCUUAAUACGAGACCUAUUUUGCCUUAUAAUACUCCCCUUUUGUUUAGCUAUUCGGACGCUAGCAACGUCGCCUGCGAGGCUUUUGUUGUGGGCACUAAUGAGGUGUCCCAUCGUAUGUGGACUGCUUGAAGCAGCUAAGAGCUCUACCUGGAGAGAACUUAAGGCUAUACAAUUUGCCUUAAGUGCGUUCAAAGCCUCGGUUCGGGGUAAGUGUGUAAAGUGGUAUUCUGACAGCCAAGGGGCCGUUCGUGUUGUGGAGAUAGGGAGUCCUAGUGCAGAAUUGCAUUCUAUUGCGCUUGAUAUUUUCUAUUUUUGUCGAACUUACAAUAUUACACUUAUUCCCCAGUGGGUUCCCAGGGAACUUAAUGCUUGUGCUGAUGCGAUUAGCCACAUUGUAGACUUCGAU